AUGUACUCAAAUCUGAAGUUGCUCCAAGGCAAUUCGUCUACCUCAGUUCGAUCAGCAUCUCAAUUCCUCAUAGACCGCCGAGGGCGGAGAAUUCAAUCGGACGAAAUCAUAGUGUCCUUCGAUGUGACGUCGUUAUUCACAUCCAUCCCACCAAACGUGGCCCGCGAAGUCUUGCGCAAGAGACUUGAAGAGGCGUGCGAUGAGACUCAGAAUGCCCUCAAAAUUGAUAACCUCCUGAGACUGUUUGAAUUCUGCCAACAAACUUUCGUCACUUUUGCGGGAGAGACCUAUGAACAAAUCGAGGGAACUCCAAUGGGCUCACCGGUCUCCGGUUUGGUGGCAGAACUGGUCCUUCAGGAGUUAGAAAAGAUCGCCUUCCUCCAACAUGAACCGUUGUUUUGGCGCCGCUACGUUGACGACAUGUCCUUCAUCGUAAAUAAGGACAUGCUACAACAUUUCCACAGCCUGCUCAACGCAAUGUUCCCUGAUAUAAAAAUCACGACGGAGGAAGAACAGGAACAGCAAUUGCCUUUCCUGGAUAAGCUCGUCAGACGAAACCUUAACGGUGAACUUGAAACGACGGUUUAUAGGUAG